GAGUUGACAAGUGGUGUGAGGAAGUCGACAGAACACAAAUCGUGUUGGAUACUUAAAAAUACCCGUUUGAAAAGAUCAAAAUACUAUAGAAUUAGGGAAUAUAAGUUGAUUAUUUAAAGAGUACUCUAUGAUGUGUAGUAGAUCCAAUAUAGUAAUUAUACAAGAAGUAUUUAUUUAGAUACAUUGUGUUGUGCCGUCGACUUACGUGAUGUAAACAAACUGGAGAGAGAGAGAGAAGGGAGUCGCGUCACUUCCUUCCCACGACCAUCACACAUAAGCCUUUCCCAGCCCCACCACAUUACAGCCCGUCUCAGGGCUGUCACACAAAGCCCUUCCCGUCAUCGCUACACAAGUCUUUCCCCAGAUCCUCACACACGAGCCCAUCCCGUGGCCACCACAACCACCCUUCAGAGUAGCCUUACAGCAACUGCUCCCAUCACUAGUCACACAAAGGCUCUCCUCGGCGUCGUCAGACCCCAGGAGUCACCCAGGCACACCUCCCAGGGUUCACAAUAGAGCCCUCCAGCACCACUACACCCUAUUGAAGCCACCAUAGUGAGGUAGCGGGCUGAAAGAUCAGAGCUCGACCCUCGCAAGCACAACUAGGUGAAUAGUAGGUGAAUACACUACAGCCAUACUUGGCAGUCCUUAAACAAGGCUUCCAAAAAUGCGUAUCUCCGUCAAUACAGAGAAUGACAUCAUUCCGCUGGAGGUAGCGGAGGACUUGGAGCUGGAGAACUUCAAGGCACUCUGUGAAAUGGAGGUUGGAAUCCCUGUGGGAGAAAUGGUGGUAGUGUUCAAUGCACAGCCACUUACAGACAAUAAGAAAAGUCUUAAAGAUUAUGGAGUGAAGGAUGGAGAGCUCAUCAUGAUCAUACGAGGCAGUGCCCUGUUCAGGAGGGCGGCAGAACAUAUGCAGCAGAGGCGGCAGCAGCGCUCAGUCCCUUCGGCUCAAGAUACGGAGAGGAGAGCUGAUCAAGAAAUUGGCCAGAUUGACUUCAGUGGAAUUCAACUUCCUGGUACCCGUCGGAGCAGCUCAUCUUCGGCAUCUGUGGGUCAGACCCCAUCAAAUAAUGUUCAAGGCCAAGUGGCAGGUCAGGAGGGUGUGGAAGAACAGCUGGGUGAUGAUGGGGACUUGGGCUUGGGGAACACAGGAGGUGAAGAUGACCCAGCAGUGAUAAGAGACAUGCUGAUGGCCAACCCUGAGCAACUGGCUCUGCUUCGCCACAACAACCCCAAGCUAGCGGAAGCCCUUACCAGUGGUGACUUGGAAAAAUUUGCAUCUGUACUCCGGGAACAACAAGAGAUCCGACGAGAUAGAGAGCAGCAAAGAAUUCGACUGUUGACUGCCGAUCCAUUUGACAUGGAGGCUCAGCGUCUCAUAGCCAAUGAGAUACAGCAGGAGAAUAUCAAUGCCAACAUGGAAGCAGCUAUGGAAUACAACCCUGAAAGUUUUGGCACAGUGCACAUGCUCUACAUAAAUUGUAAAGUCAACGGACACGACGUCAAGGCUUUCAUUGACUCAGGUGCACAGACGACCAUCAUGUCGCAAGCCUGUGCGGAGAGGUGCAAUAUAAUGCGUCUUGUUGACACCCGGUGGGCAGGCAUUGCCAAGGGUGUUGGCACACAGAAGAUCAUUGGUCGUGUUCAUAUGGGCCAAAUACAGAUUGAGAGGGAUUUUCUAGCAUCAUCCUUCAGCAUACUUGAAGAGCAACCAAUGGAUAUGCUUCUUGGACUUGACAUGCUAAAGAGACACCAAAUGUGUAUUGACCUAAAGAACAAUAAACUGCAUAUUGGCACUACUGGAACAGCCACAACUUUCUUGAGCGAGAGUGAGCUACCUGACUGUGCUCGCCUUACACCACUCAGCGAAGAGGAGGUCCGACGCCAGUCCGAGAGAGCAGCCAAGGAAUCGGAAGACCGCGCUCUUGCCGAGGCAUUAGCAGCAAGUGCAAGAGAAGGCACUGGUGUUGGUACCGGACCUUCAGCCUCGGGAACAUCACAAGGGCAAGAGUUUCCCAGUUCCUCCGCAGCACCUCCCAAGGCUGUUGCUGCAUCUGGGGCUUCAGGAAUGGAUACCGCAUCUGAGCAUGAUCAUUUUUCUGAAUCUGAUGUCCAGGAAAUUAUACAAAUAGGAUUUACUAGAAUUCAAGCCGUCGAAGAAUUGAGACGACAGAAUGGCAAUAAGACUCAAGCAAUUGCUGCACUAUUUGCAAAAUCUUUCAAAAUGUAGUCUCACUUUAUGCUAGGGGUUUUCUCACAUAAUUAGCAAUAUUAAAUGAUUUAUAAGACGUAACACAAAAUUUUUGGUUGUCGAGCAUGUUUUCAACUGGUUUCGGUUAUUGAUUCCUUUUGCUGAUAUGUACAAGUUUUUCCUUAUUUGGACAGUUAUUUAUGUUGCUUAUGUUAAGAAUAGUGGGACUUAACCCCCAAAGACAAACUUUGAGUCUUUUUCUUGAGUUCAUUAUUGGAAUAAUAUUAGUGAUGCUUGAUAUUGGUCUUUUAUUUUUGGCCUAUAAAUUAUGUAGACUUUUGCUCUGUUAAGCUGAAUUUGCUCUCCCUUUGUACCUUUAUACUGUUUGAUCGUCUUCACUGCUCGAGACAGGUGUAUUUAUAAAUUAAUUUUAGAUUUUUAUACAAUGCUUUUCUGUAUGAACUAGAGUACAGUAAAUCAUUUUAGCAUUUUUAAUGACAUCUAAUACAAAUAGUUUGCAUUUUUACAUAUUUUUUAUGUAUUGUAUAAUUUUAAUUGUAUCACAAAAUUCACAGAACCUCAUUAUGCAGUACAAUACAAUUAUUAUAAUUGUGCAUCUACAGUAUAUUGAUUGGCAGCUUAUUGGCAAGUGGUUGAGUUCAGUUAUUGUAUAAAUUAUCUUAUUUUGAAUGUAUUUUUAUUGUUUUUGGAUGAUUGGGGUUCUGAGAGGGUGCCCUCUUUAUUGAUAGGAAGUUACACAAAUGCUACAACAGUGUUGUAAAUAUUGGUUUUGUUAAUAUAAUAUGGAUAUUAAGA